UUUCUUCUUCUUCUUCUUCUUCUUCAUCUUCACUACUUCAAUCUCCCCUUCUCUCUCUCUCUUUCUCUGGUGUUUUUUUUUCUUUCCCUAUCAGACUCUCUGGUGUUCGCCAAUGGCGGUGUUUCCUAUCGGCUCUCACUUCGCGCCGCCGCAUCAGUUGACGAAGAGACACGCCAUCGCGACUUCAUCUCCUAUCUCUAUCUCGACCCGAUUGCCGCAGAAUGUCUCCUUCUCGAAAGUAUCAGCCUCGAGGUUAUCCAGACAUAGCGUUCUCGUGAGGGCCGAGGAUAAGAUAAGGACCUCUUCUUCUCCUCCUUCGCUUGAUGAUGAGCCAAUCGAUGAGGAUUUAAUGGAUUCAGGAUCAUGUGACCCUAUAUGCUCGGUUGAUGAACCUAGUUCGAGUUACUUUGAGGCCAAUUACCAACCAAAGACAGAUAUAAUCAAAGCGCUUGCUAUUCUUGCUGCUGCUCUUACAGGAACAGCUGCCAUUAACCAUUCAUGGGUUGCUGCUAAUCAGGAUAUUGCUAUGGCAUUGUUGUUUGGAAUAGGAUAUGCCGGAAUCAUCUUUGAAGAGUCUUUAGCUUUUAAUAAAAGUGGAAUAGGACUGCUGAUGGCUGUGAGUUUGUGGGUUGUGCGGAGCAUAGGGGCUCCUUCAACUGAGAUAGCUGUUUUAGAUCUUCAACAUGCAACAGCUGAAGUUAGUGAAAUAGUAUUUUUCUUGCUUGGCGCAAUGACCAUUGUGGAGAUAGUUGAUGCUCACCAAGGGUUUAAGUUGGUUACAGACAAUAUCACCACUAGGAAGCCAAAGACACUUUUAUGGGUGGUUGGCUUUGUGACAUUUUUCCUCAGUUCGAUUUUAGACAAUUUGACCUCUACCAUUGUCAUGGUUUCUUUAUUGAGGAAACUGGUUCCUCAAUCAGAAUACCGCAAACUUCUAGGAGCUGUUGUGGUAAUAGCAGCAAAUGCAGGAGGAGCAUGGACUCCAAUUGGUGAUGUUACUACAACGAUGUUAUGGAUUCAUGGUCAGAUAUCCACCUUACCGACUAUGCAGGACCUUUUUAUACCUUCUGCCGUUUCUCUUGCGGUUCCUCUAGCCCUCUUGUCCUUAACCAGUGAGGUAAAUGGAAAGGAACAGGAUUCUAAAGAUGUAUUGGCUUCUGAAAAGAUGGCUCCAAGAGGAAAACUAGUUUUUGGAGUUGGCCUUGGAGCAUUGGUAUUUGUUCCCGUCUUUAAGGCUCUUACUGGAUUGCCUCCUUACAUGGGUAUCUUGUUGGGUCUUGGAGUUCUUUGGAUUUUGACGGAUGCCAUUCAUUACGGUGAAUCAGAAAGACAAAAGCUCAAAGUACCUCAGGCCUUAUCUCGAAUUGACACACAAGGCGCUCUCUUUUUCCUGGGGAUUCUUUUAUCUGUUAGCAGCCUUGAGGCAGCUGGGAUCCUCCGGGAGAUUGCAAACUACCUUGAUGCUAAUAUACCAAAUGUUGAGCUAAUCGCAAGUGCUAUUGGUGUUGUAUCAGCAAUCAUAGACAAUGUUCCAUUGGUUGCAGCGACCAUGGGGAUGUAUGAUCUGACAUCAUUCCCUCAAGAUUCUGAAUUUUGGCAGCUUAUAGCAUUCUGCGCCGGCACUGGUGGUUCCAUGCUUGUCAUCGGUUCUGCUGCUGGUGUAGCCUUCAUGGGGAUGGAGAAAGUUGAUUUCUUCUGGUACUUCCGAAAGGUUAGUGGUUUUGCUUUUGCUGGUUAUGCUGCUGGUAUUGCGGCUUACCUUGCAGUUCAUAAUCUUCAUUUGUCCAUCCCGACAACGGUGGCUCAGAUCCCAUUUCUCCCUGGUUCAUAAGCUGCACCAAUCUCUGUGUUUAUUUUCUUGAGAAAACAGGACAAAUGCAAAAAAUCUCUGGCUGGUUGCAAUAGUAACUUAUCACUUCGUCGACAUGCUCGUUGGAAAAUAAUCAACUAUGUAAUUUGUUUCAUAUACACUCGAUUGUAUCAUUAUACAGAAUGAAUCAUUCCUUUUGGGGUUU